CAUAGUUGUAAUUACGGUGUAAUAUAACGAUUGUGAUUAUAAUAAACCAACUGACUUAACUUUGUUCUGACUUUUGUGAUAUGGAUAUUACGAGUUGAAAGCGUCAUUUAUGCGAUUCGAUAGUUUCAGGAGAGUUUUUACCUGAGCCGGACUCUUUUUGAGCUUAUAAGCAAGGGGUACCAUAUUAGAGUGGUAUAGAAACAAAGUUAACAAAAUAGAAACAUAGAAUCGUUUGAUGUGCGAACAAUUUAACAGAGUUGAGAGCAGUAAAAAACAACAUGCGCACAGGUGACCUAAUUAGAGUCGGCAAAGUUGAAAGCGACUUGAAAGGUUUGAUUUGGAUUUCAAACUGAAACCGACCAACGUUUGAGUCCCGCAGCCGGAAACCCCUUUGUUAUAAUUUAUAACUACUCUGGCUUCAGUUCCAGAAAGAACUUCAUUCAUUGGUCAAAAUUCUCACUCGGGCUCCAAUUGGGAUAAGAGAAAUCACUUCACACUUGUCAGAACUUUUCACCAUUUUGAUCUAUCUACACUUGUGACAGAAUUACCAGCUGUCUGCUAAACUAUACAACACCCAGUCAUUAUAGUACCAACACUGGAUCGCAAUCUGGUUUAGAGCUUGAUUUAUUCCUGCCAAUCAGUCAAUCAACAAAGUCAACAACAACAAACAAUCACCUUUUAUGCUGCCCAAUAAUUGCGCUCUACUCAGCUUUCAUCCUUUCAAAUAGUCAAAAUCAGACAAAAAAAACAUAAAAAUCUUUACCUGCAUUUCAAAGAUAAAAAACCUAAAAUUUAGCUAUCUAAUCAACAUUUCUAGAAGUUUUUUGUUAUUAGAGAUCGCACGUUAGCUUUGUGUUUUGGUGAAAAAAUUGACGAAACAAACAGUUUAUAGCACUCUUCAGUUGACUUUGAAAACUUAUAAGACGUUUUAAGUUUGUACCAAGAAAAACUUUAAAACAAACUACAAAAGAAGAUUAUUUAUACAGACCCGGUCGCGACUGCCAAUUGGACGGAAGAAAACAAAAACAAACACACUUUCAUUUGGUCUACUGAAACUGAUCAAUCUGGUCUGAAGAAAAGAAGCGAACUUGGUUGGAUCCUCAUUUUUGCUGGUCUUAAUUCCGGAAUCAAGCGUAUCAGAGUGAUCACAUACCGAUACUAGCGCUCUCGAAUCAUUAACUUUUUCUCAAUUAGAUUUUAGAACGCCGAAGCUUUCAAAAAUAUCGAAGAGACUUUUCAGAAAUCUGUAAAUAAAAAAAUACAGUAAAGAAAGCUUCAUUCAAAUUGUCAAUACCCCUUUUCACAGUUCCUCGCCUUCUUAUUGCUGAUUACUUGUAUUAAUAGUAUUUGAUUAAAAGUUUAUUUGAUUGAAAGCAUUUCCUUAACUAAAACUCCCCGAGAUGACAAUGUCAACAACACCUUUACAACAUCAUCACAACCAACACCAACAACCCAUAUCCGAUAUCAACCAUCAACCGCAUAAUCAACAACAGCAACCUCAGACUCAACAGGUAAACAACCCCAAUCUCUCAGUCGACCAAUCCCGAUCGAGCAGUAACCUUGUUUCAUCAUCAUGUGGCAUGAUGACGUCAUCCAACCUGCAGCACGUGUUGCGGGCGGCCAAAGUGCCCCCGGAACUGUCUCUGUGCCAGGCGAUGAAUGACGUGCACGUGACUUUGGAAGAUUCGGAGCUGUGGAGAAACUUCAAGAAGUGCGAGAAUGAGAUGAUUGUCACCAAGAGCGGAAGGAGGAUGUUUCCAGUCAUUAAAGUGCGAGUCCUUGGUCUUGAUCCAAACUGCAUGUACAGUGUAGUACUAGACUUCGUGGCUGCAGACAAGAAACGGUGGAAGUACGUAAACGGAAGAUGGGAACCCUGCACUGAGAAACAACAGUCGCCAACUUUGCCCGCCGCUUACCUGCACCCGGACUCGCCUAAUUUCGGGUCUCACUGGAUGUCAGAGCAGGCCAUCAGCUUCUCAAAGGUCAAGCUUAGCAACAAAGACAGCACAGCUAAUCAGAUUCUGUUGAAUUCGCUGCACAAGUACCAGCCUCGAAUCCACAUUGUGAAGCUGAAUGAGAACAAAACGCCUAUGGCCACUUUCGAGUUCUCAGACACUCAGUUCAUAGCAGUCACAGCAUAUCAAAACGAACAGGUGACUUCGCUAAAGAUCAAACACAACCCGUUCGCAAAAGCCUUCCUGGAGACGAAAGACAAGCCUAUGCAUGAUCAACUGGGUCUGAUGAAGUCGGCAGCUGCCGUAUCGGCUGCUGCAGCAGCAGCCGCCCACCACAAGGACAAGAGUCUGUUCGAACACCACACCCAUGCCAUGCACCACCAUCUAUCUCCAUAUAGCACCUGGCCCCUAGGUCAUCACACAGCCAACCCCUGUCACCGGGGAGGAGCAUCAGUCACUCACCCCAUGUCAGCAGCACACCCCUUCCCCCACCCUAUGUAUGACUUCACUCUCAUGGACCCCCAGGGCAGACUGAGGGGACACUCUUCCUCCUCUGCCUCGUCUUCGUCCAACUCAUCUUCGGCUAAUCAUAGACUGACACCCUAUCAUAUACCACACAAGAAACUCAUCAAUUCAAUGCAACAUCAGAUAUCCGCAGACGUGAAGCCAAACAUAGCCCAGCACCAACAUGCACCUCUAAACCAGUGCAUUAAUCCUAUUAAUCAAUCAGCCUACCCCUCAAUGUGGAACACAGCUGGAGGCUCAAUCUUCGACCCUAACUCAGCAGUAGCCGCAUCCAUAGCCGCCACCUCGGCUGCAAACCAAGUUUCGAUUCCCGGUGGGAACCACUUUUCAAUUCUACAUACCUCAUCUUCCAACCAAAACUACCCAGGUGUUUCAACUUCGGAAACGAAUCACGGCGGAAUAUCCACUAGCUCGGCUUUGUCGUUUCCGACAAGUCAUUUAAAUGCCGAGGGCCUUUUCAACCCGAUGCAAAGCGGAGUCGUAUCUGGAACGACAGCUGGCUUCAACUAUCCCAUGUAUUUUUCACCGACACUUCCCCUGGAUUUAACCGGAACUCAGUUUGACUCCAAAAUGUGAUUUACAAUCUCAGCCUGAGUUGUCAUUUGGAAUGAAAUAUUAAAUUUCGGUUUAUAGCUUUACUCUUAAAUUUAUAUGAAACUACUUAAAAGUGCAACUUAACUUCUAAAGCUUUAACUAUUUUAUUUCCUAAAAUGAUUCCUAUGAAUCUGUUUGUGCCAACCUACUUUUCAAUAUUAAUCUUUAAAAUGUGAUUAGCUUUACUUUGAAAAAUAAUUGUUAAAUAGAA